AGAAUUUCUGACGUGUAGUUGAACCCCAAGAAUGCUGAGCUAUAAUUGGAUGAUGCGAAAAGACGACACAGAGACAUGCAAUAAUAUUUUGUAUUCUGGUUGCAGUAAAAUUGGGCGAAAUCUAGCAAUCCAGAAACUGCCCAGUGAAUUCUAUCAUGGCGGAUUUUAGACCAACAGUGAGAUUAGCAUGCUAGGGGAACAGCUGGAACGAAGCAUUUGUAGGAGCCAUAACUUCAGCUAAGACAAGAGUGGUUAGCAUUUCUUCAACCACAUCUGCUGCAUCAAUUAACCCUUGUUGAUUACUUUCCAAGGUUGUGAUUCGUGAAUUGCUGGGAGCCUCCCUUCUUCCCAGAUUAAUUUCCUUCAAAGCUGGAAAUUUAAUUUAAAAAUUGGAUGUCUAUCCGCACACGUCGUUCCCCUGCCAUGGACAACAACAGACCCCGCAGCAUGGACCCCAGCACCCUAGAGGCACUGGCGUCCUCUCUAAGAGAUCUUAACGAGGACUAUACCAUGUCCUCGUACCGUCCAAGGAUGGAACGCCGCUCACUGGCACGUGCUGACGCAGUUACGAUUAACACGUCUUCUGCGACAGGUACACCCCCUGUCUCAACCACAUCAGCCGAUUCAUCGUCCGGCACUGCCUCUCCGCUACCUUCCCGAGCUAUGGCUGGUCUUGGACCCGUUACCUACACUGGACCAUCAUCAAACACUGCCGCUCAGUAUGUAGUCAGUGGGUCUAGCAACUACGCCAACCCGUCCAGUACGUCUGGGCAGUAUGUAGGAACGUCUUCUGGUUACUCCGGGUCGAAUGCACCCUACAGUGCAUCUACAGGGGUAAGCGCGUAUGUCAGUUCCGAUUCCCGUGCACGUGCGGCUUCACCGUACACCACCAGUCCUGCCACGGUGUAUACGGUCAAGCCCGUACUUGAGAAGAAAUCUUCACGAGAUGGCAGCAAUGCAGCCAAGACCAUCUCUAGACAGAGUUCCCUGGGCAGUUUCCCGGAUAAAUACACGUUCAAUGAUGAAAAACAAGCAUCUACUCUCGUGUCUGGGUUGAAGGAGUUGUACAAGCAGAAACAGCUGGUCGAUGUCGUUCUGUGCGUUGAAGACGAGGAGUUCCCUUGUCACCGAUGUGUUCUGGCGUCCUCCAGUCCUUACUUUCAUGCCAUGUUCACCGCUGAUUUGGUUGAGAGCAGACAGGAAAAGAUCCGCAUUGGUGUAGUGGAUGCUAUAUCUAUGCGACUUAUCUUGGACUAUGCCUACACAGCCACUCUUGAGAUCACCGAAGGAAAUGUGCAAGGACUCAUGUUGGCGGUGAAUAUGUUUCAGAUGCACAACUUGCGUGAUGCUUGCGCACACUUCUUGGAACGACACGUGACGCUGUCCAACUGUAUUGGGAUCUACUUCUUUGCCGUAGCUCAUGCCUGUAUCAAGCUCGAAGGGCUCGCUAUAGACAUGAUAAGCGAGAACUUCACAGAGGUCUGUAAAGAGGAAGAGUUCCUUCAGCUCAGCAAAGAGCGCUUGAUCGAUCUUCUGGUUCGAGAUGACCUCAACGUUGACCAAGAAGAGACCGUGUAUGAAGCAGCCAUCGCAUGGGUUAGAGAUGAUCUUGAAAACCGUCGAGCUGAUCUGUAUGAUGUACUUAGCAACGUACGAUUCGCUCUCAUAAGUCCCUACUACAUCCAUGAUGUUGUUGAGAGAGAUCGCCUCAUCGUUCAUAACAAGUCGGUGCAACACCUUGUGGACGCAGCUUUGCAGUACCACGUGCUGAGGGACAGGCGUCAAGACUUGGACCUCACCAAGCUAAAUAUUAACCCCAGGAAAGGGAUGCCAAUCAAGGACAUGUUUGUCUUCCUGACGCAUCACACAGAAGCUAUUCCUGAGACCUGGACCACAGAUCUCUACCGAAUCAAGCCCCUACCUGAUAUGAUCGAGCACGCUGAGUGCGUUGUCUCUGGUGAAAACAACCUGUUUGUGGCCGGACGAUCGCCGCAAGAGUUCACCGGUCGACGGUUUGCUCAGCGUCGUGGCGGGCUAUUCCAAUACGACCACUUUGACAAAAAGUGGUUACCGCGAGGAACCAUGAACGUUCCUCGUAAUUAUUUCAGUAUGGCUGUGUUGGAUGGUAUGAUCUAUGUCACGGGAGGUGUCAGUAACGAUGUGGUACAGGAGAGCGUAGAGUGCUAUAACACUAACACCAACAUCUGGCGUAAUGUCACACCAAUGCUUCAAGCAGCCAAGAGUCAUUGUUUAGCUACGGUAGGUGGUAAGCUGUACGUCAUUGGAGGUGAGACCAACGAGUCAAUCCUGGACACGGUCCAGUGCUACAACCCACGGUUUGAUACAUGGAACUAUAUGACCAGCAUGACCCUGCCUCGUACCAGCGCUGGUGUCGCCGUCCUGAAUAGAGAGAUAUACGUGUUGGGAGGCAGCGUGGCUCUUGGGGAGAAGCAACCAGAGAACAUGCUCAAGUCGGUGGAGAUCUUUCAUCCUGAUCGUAACGAGUGGCGAUUUGGUCCAGAGCUUCCGGAGGGAAAGGUCAACUACGGGGCGGUGACACAUAACGGGAAGCUGUACGUAUUCGGUGGCGACACUGGGGAGGAGGCAGCGGGAGUGGUACAUAGCAAGGUUUAUCGCCUGGACAUCGACAACUUCGUUUGGGUUGAAGACAAAAGUGGCUGGCCAAACUUACAACCGCCGUUCUAUUGCGUAAUGGCACGAUUGAAUAAAAACAUGUAGGCUACUAACAGAAGUUAAUUAAGCACUUCACUCAUGAUGUCAGUGAAGAUCCUUGGGUCAAUGGUUUUAGUCAAUCAGCGGAAUUCCACGGGGAAUUAAAAGCCGAGUUGACCACGCGGUUACGAAGUAGGUAAUCACGAAGUAAGCACUAAUGAAAGAACGUUCGUAAGGUCACGUGCAUGUUUGUAAAAUUGGUCAGAUGAUUUGCACAGUUGCACAUAGUAUGACGUCAUGAGUGAAGUCAGUAUUUAAUUCUCAUUCGAAGCAUGUUUUCUUCUAUCACACGCUCCUCUGCAUGCAGAAAUUUAGUGUGAGUCUUUGAAAUACCCCCAAACAUCGAAAAUGAUAAAGUAAUUCAAAAAGGUGUACAAAACGUGCAGGUGGUAUCCCUCAGGCGUUGUGAGGUGCCAAGGGGAUUUUUAAGUGGGGAAGAUAAAAAAAUCAAAUCUGAAAUGCCUAAA